CAUUAAUGACGAUUCGGUGAAAUGUCAUGUGCCGUGUGUGCGCGCGAUCGAGGAAAUUCAUCGUGUCGUUUUCCUAAUUCAGUGCUCGUUACCGUGUCCGCGAGGAACACGCGCAUAAUUUUCGCCUUCCACAGGAAGAAACUGGCGUCAACCUUUGAAACAUUAUUACCACGUACGAACGCCACAUCGCGUCGUUUAUCAUGUUUCGUUCUGACGUGAACAAUGUUUCCAUUUUUUAAAAAGACUGGGCAAAGAGACAGGCCCGGAUCUUUGCAAACAUCUCCUUCAAAGCCGACAAGUUCUGGGACAUCGUUCGGAGAUGUAUUCAAUGGCGGUUCGUCCGUCCAAACAUCAACAGGUACAGUGUGCAGCCUUGAGAAAGAAGAGGAAAAUGAGACAUUCGACGGUGAAACGACAGAAACGUGUUCGUUCAGCUCUCAGCUCUCUAAAACGCUUCCACAAAUACUCGCGGACAAAGGUGCUCUCGGUUACUUUAUUCAGUUUAUGGAGACACGGAACAGUAUAGCGCUUAUUAAAUUUUGGCUCGAGGUGGAAUGUUUGUGCAGUUCGAUCGAUAUACAAGAAGUUAAUGGAAAGAAUGUUGAAUCUUCGAAUUGCACAGAAAAUUCUAAUAGACUGUCCGAUUCGAUGGACAAUGAACAUUUUCAUCCCGAGGUGAUGCAGGAUGCUAAGAACGAUCGUGAAACUAAAGAUACGUUGUCCAACGAAUAUGUAAAUAGUAACAAUACAAAAUCAAAUUGCAACGACAUGCCAAAGACUAGUCAAACGAUAAGCAGAAUACGACAAUCAAAUCACAAUUGCAAGAGACGCGACGUGACAACCACUAAGCAGGAUGCUUUAAGAAUCUACAAGAAAUAUAUAGCUAAAGAUGCUUUGGGUACAAAUCAAAUCCCUGAAGGUUUAAAGGCAGAAAUGGAGGAAGCUUUCGCUUGUGAAAACAUUCAGUCUAUGUUGCAGUGCCUGUCAUCCGUUCAAACGAUAGUAUACGUACUAUUAGAAAAUGAAUACAUUAACGACUUUUUAAGAAGUGAAUUUAACUGCAAACAUCAAAUUGAUGUUCUUACCAGUGGCAAUGUACAGUUAACAGAUAUAUUGUACAACGAAACUGCGUUCUUUUAUUUCAUGGAGUUUUUGGAACUCGAAAAUAAGCGAGAAUUACUGGACUUCUGGAUGUCUGCCAUCAAUUACAAACAAAACUUGUUGGAAAAGAAGGAUGCUACGGAUCCCGAGGAAGCGCAAACCGAUGCUCUGAUUAUUUAUGACAAGUAUUUUAGUUUGCAAGCAACAAUGCCGCUUGGCUUUAGCAAUAAAAUUCGUUUCCAAGUGGAACAAAAUAUUUGUCAUGAAGAUGGAGAGGGACCACGAUCGGACUGUUUCGAUAAGCCAUGUAAAAUUGUAUACAAUUUCUUGAAUAAGCAUUAUCUACCUACCUUCUUAUCGUCACAGUUAUAUUACAAAUACUUAUCUGAGUUGAUCAAUACUAUACAAAGCAGUCCAUGUUCAGGUUUACAUCCAAGGAUAAAAAGAGCAGGUUCCGACUGUAGCAGCGAGGUGAGUUCCGUUAGUAUUAAUAUGCAAAGUACCCUGCAGGCAGGGAGCGAAGGACAUAGAUCGGUCAAUAAUAAAACUAAUAUCAGCGGUGGUAUGGACAUUGAUACUAGACAACUUUACGAUCCGGAUUCCUUAUGGAGACGUAAUAAAUAUAGUUUGAGCGUUGGUUAUAUCGACAAUUUAGGCAGAUUCGUUACUGAGAUAGAACCAGAUCCUCAGAGAAAAUCUGAGUCUCGAUUAACGCGUGUCGUGAAAAGGCUUAUAAAUAUGGAGCAAGAUAAGGCUAAAGAAGAACUGGCGUGGAAGAUCGCCGAGAUGAUCAUCCGCGAAAUCACCACUUUGACUUUAGGAGCUUCGAAUUUUUCAUCCUGAUGGCAGACUCCGCGUACGAUGACAUCGAUUUUCUUUCUAU